AUGUCUGUGAACCAGCAAAGCGUCCUCAUCACAGGUUGUACACCUGGGGGUAUCGGGUUCCAGCUGGCAAAGGAAUACCAAUCAAGAGGCCUACGAGUGCUAGCCACUGCACGAAAGGCCGAGGUCUGCUCAGAGCUCAUCUCGCUGGGCUUCGAGGCGUUGGAAGUCGAUGUGACCAAAAUUGAAUCCGUCCACGCUUUACGCGACAAAGUGUCGCAGUUGACUGGCGGUACUUUAGACGUACUCGUCAAUAAUGCAGGCCGUUCUUGUACUGUCCCUGCGACGGACGUCCAGAUGAGCGACGUCCAUGAGGUAUUUGAUACCAACCUUUUCGGAGUAAUGCGGAUGGUACAAGAAUUCGUCCCUCUACUCAUCGCGAGCGGCGAUGGGCGCAUAGUCAACAUCGGGUCCAUUGCCGGAGUCAUGCCUUACCCAUUUGGCGCAGUUUAUAACGCCUCGAAGGCUGCGCUGCAUGCUUAUGGCGAUAACCUCCGACUAGAACUUGCACCAUUCAAUAUCCAAGUUAUCACCAUCGUCACCGGCGGAGUCAAGAGCGGCAUCUCAAACAGAACGCUGCCCAUUUCUCCGACAUCUCUCUAUGCCCCCAUCGCCAACAUCUUUGUCAAGACCCGCAUGAACCGCUCCCAGAAGAAUGCGAUGCCAACAGAAGCCUAUGCACGCGCGGUCGUUGCACAGUCCCUCCGCCGCAGUAUAAAACCAUGGUUUUGGACUGGAAACUUCUCAUAUUGGUGCUGGUUUAUCGACACAUUUCUCCCCAAGAGAGGCUUCGACUGGAUCUUCUCGUGGGAAUUUGGCUUGUCCGCCCUCAAGAAAAUCGUUUACGAGCGCAGGCAAAAGAGGCAAUCCUGA